AAGAGAGGUAAGGAGGUAGGUUGAAGGAGACUUUGAAAAAGAGUGAAGUGUUUGAUUUUGUCAGAGACAGUACAGUGGUACAUUGGUACAGAUAUUGAUAGGACAGACUCGGAUCAGAUCAUGGAAUCAGGUGGUAAACAACAGCGUGACAUGAUUGUUUCGGGUGCCAUCUGCCAAUGAUGUCAUUGAGGGCAACAUCUUUUUGGUGAGGUGGUCACGCCUCUGUGGAGCCUCUAGUACCUGUGAGCUACUGCAUAAAUACUGUUCCACCAUGCAGUCAUGGACACUGUUGUUUCUUGGUCUGUUUCACUGCUUUUUUGACAUGGCAGCCACUCAGCAGCAACGCAACAAAGCCCUGUUUCCGAUAAGAAUGAAGAGGGGAUUGUCAACAAUGCAAAACCCUAUUUUCCACAAGUCCUUAGACGACGUGGAUCUACUGUACGAGAUCCUGCUGUCCGGUCUAUACUUUGACGACCACGGCAGAGGGCUGUGGCUGAGAGACGCAGAGCUGGCCUCUCUGCGGAAGACGCAGGAACUAGAGGUCCUCUGUGGUGACGCGCUCCCCAGGGAGCUGACAGACGUACGCAGGCUGGCCUCCAGGCUGCUGGGCCGCGUCGGGUCCCUGGGGCAGGGGGAUUUCGAGCGUACGCUUUUGACCAUGGUGUACACGGCCCAACACGUGAUCGAAUCCCCCACGGACCACCAGAGAGACGUGUGGGCCGAGUCCUUUGUCAGCCUGUUCAAAGCCAUAAAGGAGGAUCUGAAAGAGGAGCAGUGAUGGGCAAUAGUGGGCCAACCAUUAUGGAGUUGAAGGUCUUGAAAAAAAAAUAAAAAUCUUUAUAGGCUUAUAUAUUAUCUUAGAUCAUCACCUUAGUCUGGAUGGAGAGAAACCACAACGCCAGUUUGUGCAAAUUUAAGUAAAUUACGAUUUUUUAAUUAAAAAAAAAGGAAACUGUUCCAGCCUCUUUACCUUCUCCAUAAAAGUGAAAAAAACACAAACUUAAUGAAUACAAAAGAGUGUGCUUAAUACAAUAUUAAUGAGCAGUAAUGAAUAAAUGAAAGUAUCUUCUAGAAAAAGUUGGUAAGAAAGGCUUGUCAAAGAUUUGUAUUUAUCUCCCUGUGAUUGCAGCAGAAUAUAAUGCAACAUGACACAUAACACACCUCAACAAUACACUAUCAAUAUAUAAGCAAUCAAGGAAGAAUAAGAAAUGUCCAUUUAAAACUUACAAUCAAUUGUAUUCACAUUAUCCUCCAGUGUCUCCGUCGUCCUUCUGUUACACCCACCGUAAAAAACCCUGCAAUUGAUCCUUUGUCAAGUCCGGCCACACACUGGGCAGGAGGUAGCGUGCGACAGUGACGCCUACAUGGAGGCCGCCGCUAUGAUGACGUGAGAGGAGGUCUGGUCCUGAGGGAGGUGCUUGAUGUCCAUGGAGUUAGCGUUGGCGUCGUAGCCGUCCAGCAGGCCGGGCCUCCGGGGAGGGCAGAAGGGGAUGUAGCGCGUCCAGGAGGACUUCUGGAAGAAGGAGCUGAUGCCGAACGGGAGGUCGUACACCUCGUCGCUCUCCAGGGCGCCGCCGGCCUCCUGGUGGGUCUGGUUCCACGCCACGAUGCCUCGCUCCACCUUGGAGCCUGAGGGAGACGCAUGGGGCUGUUGUUUGGAGUAGCCUGUAGUAGAUCUGAGACUUAUCCCGUUUGGAUUUGGAAUACAGUAAACAGCAAUGCUGAGUUGGGUUUAAAAAUCUGCCGAACGAAACGCAUUCCUUCUCAGCUGUAUGUCUGGUGCUAUUAUACAAUUGUUUUGUACGCCUCAUAAAACCCUCCUGUCUCUAAGA